AUGACGGGUCGAUAUUCGCUGCGCCAGACUCCCAGGAAGAAGGAGCUCUUUGAGGGUAUGGUUGAGACCCCUCGACGUGUUUCCUCUCGACGCAAAUCCCCCGAGAACGAGCCCACCGCAGACACUUCCGAGUCCAAAAUGGCGUCCCGUACUCCUCGUCGACGUGCCACGGGAAAGUUCCGUGAGGAGCUCGAUGACGAGCCUAUCGCCAAUGGCAACACCAAGGUCGAGGAGCCUGUGGCCAACGGUCACUCCAAUGGUCAUGCCAAUGGACACGCCAACGGACAUGUGAAGGAGAAGCCUGCUGUCAAUGGCCACGCUACCAACGGACAUGUGAAGGAGGUGAAGGCUGAAUUGCCGACCAACGGCCACGCUACUCCUACUAAGGAGGACACUGAGCGUGUCUACAAGGACGGCGAAAUUAUUGACGGUUGGAAGGUUGGCACCGAUCCCAAGAUUGAUGCGUCAGGCGAGUUCGAGUUUGGUGGCAGCCUUGGCACACUCUCGCUCAUGAUUGGCUUUCCUCUUUUGAUGUGGUACAUGUGGAUUGGAGCCACCUACUACGAUGGCAAGCUGCCGACACGUGAGGAAGGCCAAAGUUGGGGAGAGUUCGGUCGCCAUCUUGUUGACCUUGUCUACACUGGCGCAUUCCCCUCUUUCCGUGCGUGGCGCAUCUACUGGACCUUCUUCAUCUUCGAAGGCACAUGCUAUUGCCUCUUGCCUGGCGUCUGGGCUUGGGGCAAGCCUCUGGCUCACGAGGGAGGCAAGCAGCUGAAGUACUUCUGCAACGCCUACGCUAGUUUCUACUUCACCAUUGCGGUCAUGGCUGUACUUCACUUCAGUGGGCUUUUCCCCAUCUACACCUUUAUUGAUGAGUUUGGGCCCCUGAUGUCUGUGGCUAUCUUGAGCGGCUUCUUGGUUGCCUUUGUUGCCUACUUCUCUGCUCUGCUGAGAGGCGCUCAACAUCGCAUGACCGGCUACCCGAUCUACGACUUCUUCCUCGGCGCUGAGCUGAACCCUCGCAUGUUUGGUAUCUUGGACUUCAAGAUGUUCUUCGAAGUUCGCAUUCCUUGGUUCAUCCUGUUCGGUCUCAGCUGCGGUGCCGCUGCUCGCCAGUAUGAGAGAUACGGAUAUGUUUCCGGCGAAGUGCUCUUCCUGGUCAUGGCUCACUACCUCUACGCUAACGCCUGUGCGAAGGCGGAGCAGCUCAUUGUGCCAACCUGGGACAUGUACUAUGAGAAAUGGGGCUUCAUGCUCAUCUUCUGGAACUUGGCUGGCGUUCCUCUCUCUUACUGCCACUGCACCAUCUUCCUGGCCAACCACCACCCUUCAGAGUACAAGUGGAACCCCUACGCGUUGACCGCCCUGUUUGUCUCCUACUUGUUUGUCUACUGGGUCUGGGAUACCACCAACAGUCAGAAGAACAGUUUCCGCGCUCAGGAGCGUGGCCAGCUCCUCAAGCGCAAGACCUUCCCUCAGCUGCCGUGGGGUGUUGUCAAGAACCCCAAGACCAUUACCUCGGCCAAGGGCGAUGUCAUCCUUGCUGAUGGCAUGUACGGAUACGCGCGCAAGAUUCAUUACACUUGCGAUGCCUUCUUUGCUAUCUGCUGGGGCCUGAUUACCGGUUUUAAGAGUCCCUUCCCCUGGUUCUACCCCGUUUUCUUCUGUGGUAUGAUUGCCCACCGUGCAGCCCGUGAUAUCCACCGCUGCCGCCAGAAGUAUGGCGAGGCUUGGACCCAGUACGAGCGUGAGGUUCCUUACCUCUUCAUCCCGUGGGUGAUUUGA